AUGACUUCCAGACAUAUGUCCCACGUUAGCAGAUGGCUUCUAUCGUCUCCUCCCGCCGAAUGGGCGCUCAAUCAACUCCGAGAACUCCUCAUCGGGGCUCUGCGCCAUGGCCCGGUCCCCCAACACGUCGCUUUUGUGAUGGACGGAAACCGACGGUUUGCUAAAAAUCACCGAAUUGAGACGGUGGAAGGUCAUAAUUUGGGCUUUGAAGCUUUGGCCAAAAUUCUCGAAGUAUGCUACAAAUCCGGCGUCACACAUGUGACGAUCUACGCUUUUAGCAUCGAGAACUUCAAACGCUCGAAAUACGAAGUCGACGCCCUCAUGGACAUGGCCAAGAUCAAACUGAAGCAACUGACCCAACACGGCGACUUGCUCGACCGCUACGGCGCACGUAUCCGCAUUCUGGGCCAGAGGGAAUUAAUCAAGCCCGACGUACUGGAGGCGAUGGAUCGGGCGGUGGAAAUGACGUCGCAAAACGGGAAUUGCGUUUUAAACGUGUGUUUCCCUUACACGAGCAGGGAGGAAAUCACAUCGGCCAUCAGAGAUACGGUGGAAGAAUAUAGUCGGCCCAUCGUCCCAGCAAACGGGCCAGACAACGAACGAAGAAGCCCGUUCAGAGAAGAGCGCAUAACGAACACGAUCCGCUCGCAGCAGUUUUCGGAGCAUACUGCGACAUCAUCAGGCUCAACGAUGUACCUCCAGCUGCCAGGGUCGGAUUUGCAGUCUCCAUCAUCCAGCACGACAUCGCUAUCAUCCUACUCAGCCGACCCCUCAGACCCAUCAGAACACGAUCACGAGACCUCUUCCGUCUCGACAUCCACCACCCUCCACCAAGACGACCCCCUUAUGACUUCUUCCUUACUCGACCAAAAACCAACAGCUACCUCCGCUUCGCCCUUGACAACAUCCACCAUUCGGCUUCAACCUCAAUACCGCUCCCCCGAACUCAUCACCCCCGCCACCCUGAACUCGCACAUGUACACCGCCUCCGAUCCCUCCAUUGAUCUCCUCAUCCGUACCAGCGGCGUCAGUCGCCUUUCGGACUUCAUGCUCUGGCAAUGCCACGAAGACACGCAGAUCGUCUUUCUCGACGUGCUCUGGCCAGACUUUGACCUGUGGAGUUUUCUCCCUGUGCUCUGGGAGUGGCAGUGGCGUGUAAGGAAGGUGGCGAAAGAAGCAGGUCAAGAAGAUGACUUGGACGUCGAACUGAGCAAGAGUGCGAAAAGCACCAAGGCAUCUGCUCGUGUCGGUUCUGGUGCUGGCAACAAGACUCAUAAGACGGCGGCGAAACAUGCUGAAACGCAAAGACCUGCAAAAGCGCAUGCGUCUUGA